AUGGGCGUAAUAAUAAUAACAAGCAACUUAUUGCAUCCGAAGAAGGUGGAAGACGUAAAGUUUGCGGACCUAGUGAAAGUACUCAAUGAACAUUUUACUCCGAGGAGGUCGACGUUCGCUGACCGAGCGAAGUUUUAUGAGGCGACCAUAAAGACCUGCGAGAGUCUCGAAGAUUGGGCGGCUCGGCUAAGAGGGCUCGCGGUGUAUUGCGACUUCGGGACGGCGCUGGACAUCUUGUUACGUGAUCGUUUCGUGUUGGGGUUGAAGUCGGGUCCUGAGCGUGAUCGGCUUUUCGAAAAGGAUUCGUCAACGCUAACCCUGGCGCAAGCGCUGGAGGUGGCGCAGCAGGCGGCGUGCGCUCGGGCAGCGCGCGCCAACGUGGCGCAGGCGGAGCCGGUGCAGGUGAAGGAGGAGCCGGUAUUCCGCGCCAGCGCAGGCCGCGCUGGCGGCGCUCGCGCUACUUCGGGCAAUGGCGGCGGCGACGACGGCGCGUCUUUGUGCUCCGUCUGCGGCCGCAAGAAUCACGAUACAGCAAAGUGCCGGUUUAAGGGGUAUCGGUGUCAAAGUUGCGGUCAAAAAGGGCAUUUGAAAAAAGUAUGUGCGAAAAGGGGCAGUGGCGGCAAAUCUAGGCUUCACUGCAUACAAACGGAAUCGGACGACUCCGAUGGGUGUAAAGAAUGCGAGGUUUUUAAUGCAAGAAGGUAUGUCGAUAAUUAUAAACCUAUUAAAUUGCCUGUUACUCUUAGUGACGUACAAAUUUUGAUGGAACUGGAGUCCGGUUCGGGAGCGAGUGUUAUUAGUGACGAACUAUAUUCAAAGUUCUUCAAAAAAAGGAAAUUAUAUAAAACUGAUCUGUCAAUGUGUCUUUAUAAUGGCCAUAAGAUUUUACCGUUAGGAUAUUUUAGAGGGAGAGUUUGUUAUAUGUCAACCGUCAAACAUUUGAAAAUUUAUGUAGUUCAAAACGGCGGUCCUCCCUUGCUUGGCCGCGACUUCAUGGCAAAGUUUAAAAUUCGGUUGGUGUGUGACAAUAACAAAUUAACUCCUGAACCGCAUAUCGAUGAGUUGCCACAAUUACUUAAUGAUUUUCCAGAUGUUUGGAAAGACGAGUUAGGGCGAUUUAAUAAAUUUGAGGUCGAUUUGUUUUUGAAGCAAAAUUCGGUACCUAAGUUUUUCAAACCGCGCUCAAUACCUUUUGCCCUGAAGGGUAAAGUGGAAGAGGAACUGGAUAGGCUUGUCAAAGUAGGUAUUUUAGUUCCGGUUAACUUCUCAGACUACGCGACGCCUAUAGUACCGGUCUUAAAGUCUAACGGUAAACUUAAAAUAGCUGGAGAUUAUUCGUGUACUUUAAACAAGGAUUUAAAAAUUGAUAAAUAUCCUUUACCAAGGAUAGAGGAAGUUCUUGCCAAAAUAGGGGGAGGGGAGCAUUAUUCAAAAUUAGAUUUAAGUAAUGCCUACAAUCAACUCUGUUUAUCAGAAUCAUCUCAGAUUCUAACAACCAUAAAUACCCCUAAAGGAUUGUUUAAGUAUACCCGGUUGUUGUAUGGUCUCGCUAAUGCUCCAGCUAUUUUCCAGCGUACUAUGGAAACAUUACUGGCAGGUAUAGAGGGCGUCACGUGUUGGCUGGAUGACGUAUGUUGCACGGGUCCCGACCGGGCUACCCAUCUAGCUAGGCUUCGUGAAGUUUUGAAAAGGUUGCAAGACGCGGGUUUGCGUUUACAAAGAGAUAAGUGUGCAUUUUUUCAAACUAGCAUUACAUAUUUGGGAUAUGUUAUCGAUAAAAACGGUCUCAGGACGAGUCAAGAUAAAGUGAGCGCUAUACUUAAGUCCCCGCCUCCUAAAAAUGUCUAUGAGGUACAGCAGUUCCUAGGAGUUGUCAACUAUUAUCGGAAAUUUAUUCCUAAUGCUUCUUCCUUGUUGCACCCGUUGCACGAGCUGUUACGCAACGGCGCGAAAUGGCAGUGGGGCGAGCGCCAACAGGCUGCAUUUGACAACGUGCGGCGCGAGCUAGCGUCUGAUCGUGUGCUGGCGCAUUUCAACCCGGAGGCUCCUCUGGUUUUAACCACUGACGCUGGACCCUCCGGCCUUGGUGCAGUAUUGGCACAUUUGGCGCCUGACGGUUCAGAGAGGCCUAUUGCAUUCGCGUCCAGAUCACUCUUACAGAGUGAAAAGAAUUACAGCCAGAUUUUUAAGGAAGCCACGGCGAUAAUCUUUGCAGUAAAAUAUUUCCAUCAAUAUCUGUACGGGCGUCAGGACCCCUUUAUUUUAAAAACUGAUCACCGUCCAUUGCUUUCUAUUUUUGGAAAGAAAAAUGGAAUUUCAGUCACUACAGCGUCGCGUUUACAAAGAUACGCAAUUAUCCUCUCAGCGUACAAUUAUAAUGUACAGUAUAUAAAUACUAAGAAUAAUCAGGUGGCGGAUUAUUUUUCACGUGCACCGCUGCAGAUAACAACGCGGGAGGUCGUUGACCGAGAACAGGAUAAUAACGUAUCUUUCCUUAACUUCUUAGAUGGAAAUAUUAAGCCGGUUUCUUUUGACGAUAUUAAGAAAGCGACAGCAGCUGACGAUGUACUUAUGACUGUCAGCAAGUACAUGCGUAGCGGGUGGCCACGAAAAAUAGACUGUAGUGCUAUUAAACCAUACUUUUUAUGCAAGUCCGAUUUAGAAUGGCAUAAUGGGUGUUUAUUUCGAGGGCACAGGAUCGUUAUUCCGGCCGUGUUUAGAGAUCGUAUGUUGGAAGAACUCCACUCAGCACAUUUCGGCGUAGUAAAAACAAAGAGUGCGGCCAGGAGUAGGUUUUGGUGGCCCGGUAUCGACGGCGAUAUCGAGCGCUGGGUGGGGGCAUGCAGCGUGUGCGCAGUGCAACGCGCCGCUCCCCCUCGCGCGGCUCCCGCCGCCUGGCCCCGCCCUGCUACUGCUUGGGAGCGUAUUCACAUUGAUUAUUUAUCUAUAGGACAAAAGGUAUAUUUAGUCGUAAUUGACGCGUUCAGCAAAUGGUUAGAAUGUGUUAACAUGGAUUGUGGCACCUCGACGAAUGCACUAAUAUCGAAAUUGAAGUAUAUUUUUUCUAGAUAUGGACUUCCGUGUACUAUUGUUUCGGACAAUGAUGUAAAAAUUUGUUCUUCGGAAUUUAAUGCUUUUUGUAAAAAUAAUGGCAUUUUGUAUCUCACAUCGCCUAUUUACCACCCGUCUAGUAAUGGGCAAGCCGAAAAUUCAGUUAAAAGUUGUAAAAAAUGAUUCGAAGUAUUUUAUUGUCAGACGGUAACUUAAAACAACAUGAUUUAAAUGAAAAAUUAUUAGGGUUCCUUUUUGAUUAUAGGAAUACUAUCCAUUGUGCUACAGGGAAAACUCCAGCGUCACUUAUGCUGGGACGCGAUUUACGAUGUAGAUUAGAUUUAGUUAAACCGUGUAAGUUUACACGCAAUGUUGAGUCAGAUAAUCAAUUAAAGCUAAGUAGAUGUUUUGAAUUGGGCGAAACAGUUUGGGCUAAGAGUUUUAAAGGUCGUAAAGGUUAUUGGUCGAAAGCGACAAUAUUAGAUUGUAUAGGUAACCGAAUGUUUUCUGUUAAAUUUCAAGAUAACGAUCUUAUCGCGAAAAGGCAUAUCGAUCAAAUAAUUAAAUAUGUAGGAAAUAAGAACCAAUCGGAAACUAUCGAGCCAAUUUCCUUAACGCCGCCUCCCUUGUUAGACCAACCAACAUCCUCAUACCCCAUUCUACCGGCCACUGAAGAAUCGCAAGAAUUGAGCUCAGACACAUCUCCUCAGUUGGAGGUUAAUGUCGAAACGAGAAAUAAGGAAGGGGAAGAGAAUGAUGAGUGGUCGGAGGCGACCGACCAGCCGACCAUGGACGCUGUGUUAUCAGGGUCAGGCGGCCAAUCUCAAGGUGGUGAGAUGACACUCCCUGAACAAAGUGUUAUAGAUAAGGAGUCAGGCGUGCCUAUCGAUUGCUCAACAAAAGGUCGCCCUAGAAAAAAAGUUGACUAUAAACAAUAUUUCUAAAUUAUUUCUUUGUUUGUUAUAGGUCUCAAAAUAAUGGUGAAGGAAUGUGAUGUUUUGUCGAUCUACC